GUGUUAGCCUGGGGCAGGGUCGACUUGACCCAGACACACAUCGCCUCUGUCAGUAACUGCAGUCUCCUGUCGUGGAUAGACACACUGUCCCCAUGGUUGUUGGCAGAGGAGAUAAUGAUGGUAUUUCUGUGUGUCUCAGCCGGUAGGAAACAAUUUGCACGUCAUGAGUGGGCGCAGAAGGCUGCCUACCUGCUGGGCUGCACUCUAGAAGAGCUCUCCUCCUCCAUCUUCAAGCACCAGGCCAAGGGCACCCUGCCCAGAGCCAGCUCUAUACGUCAGGGGACAGACGAUGCACCAGGAGACUCCUCAGGUACACCUGGGACUAAACACACACACACACACACACAUGCCCCUCAGCUCAUCACCUAGGAGACACGACACGCUUCUCUGAAUGUUAAAGCUUAUCUAAGUAAUGACUACAGUCCCAGAGUGGUUAUUGAUGGGUAGGUAUAAAAAAAAUCUCAGGACGAUUUUAGAAGUCUUCCUUAUGCAUUGCCCUUGAAAUGUUAAUUUCAUUGUACAGUAUCUGAGAGUUUUAUCAGGGGUUGACACACAUAAUGUGAAGGACAUACAGUGAGGGGAAAAACUUAUUUGAUCCCCUGCUGAUUUUGUAAAUUUGCCCACUGACAAAGAAAUGAUCAGUCUAUAAUUUUAAUGGUAGGUUUAUUUGAACAGUGAGAGACAGAAUAACAACAAAAACAUCCAGAAAAACGCAUAUCAAAAAUGUUAUAAAUUGAUUUGCAUUUUAAUGAGGGAAAUAAGUAUUUGACCCCCUCUCAAUCAGAAAGAUUUCUGGCUCCCAGGUGUCUUUUAUACAGGUAACGAGCUGAGAUUAGGAGCACACUCUUAAAGGGAGUGCUCCUAAUCUCAGUUUGUUACCUGUAUAAAAGACACCUGUCCACAGAAGCAAUCAAUCAAUCAGAUUCCAAACUCUCCAUCAUGGCCAAGACCAAAGAGCUCUCCAAGGAUGUCAGGGACAAGAUUGUAGACCUACACAAGGCUGGAAUAGGCUACAAGACCACCGCCAAGCAGCUUGGUGAGAAGGUGACAACAGUUGGUGCGAUUAUUCGCAAAUGGAAGAAACACAAAAUAACUGUCAAUCUCCCUCGGCCUGGGGCUCCAUGCAAGAUCUCACCUCGUGGAGUUGCAAUGAUCAUGAGAACGGUGAGGAAUCAGCCCAGAACUACACAGGAGGAUCUUGUCAAUGAUCUCAAGGCAGCUGGGACCAUAGUCACCAAGAAAACAAUUGGUAACACACUACGCCGUGAAGGACUGAAAUCCUGCAGCGCCCGCAAGGUCCCCCUGCUCAAGAAAGCACAUAUACAUGCCCGUCUGAAGUUUGCCAAUGAACAUCUGAACGAUUCAGAGGAGAACUGGGUGAAAGUGUAGUGGUCAGAUGAGACCAAAAUGGAGCUCUUUGGCAUCAACUCAACUCGCCGUGUUUGGAGGAGGAGGAAUGCUGCCUAUGACCCCAAGAACACCAUCCCCACCGUCAAACAUGGAGGUGGAAACAUUAUGCUUUGGGGGUGUUUUUCUGCUAAGGGGACAGGACAACUUCACUGCAUCAAAGGGACGAUGGACGGGGCCAUGAACCGUCAAAUCUUGGGUGAGAACCUCCUUCCCUCAACCAGGGCAUUGAAAAUGGAUCGUGGAUGGGUAUUCUAGCAUGACAAUGACCCAAAACACAUGGCCAAGGCAACAAAGGAAUGGCUCAAGAGGAAGCACAUUAAGGUCCUGGAGUGGCCUAGCCAGUCUCCAGACCUUAAUCCCAUAGAAAAUCUGUGGAGGGAGCUGAAGGUUCGAGUUGCCAAACGUCAGCCUCGAAACCUUAAUGACUUGGAGAAGAUCUGCAAAGAGGAGUGGGACAAAAUCCCUCCUGAGAUGUGUGCAAACUUGGUGGCCAACUACAAGAAACGUCUGACCUCUGUGAUUGCCAACAAGGGUUUUGCCACCAAGUACUAAGUCAUGUUUGCAGAGGGGUCAAAUACUUAUUUCCCUCAUUUAAAAUGCAAAUCAAUUUAUAACAUUUUUGACAUGCGUUUUUCUUGAUUUUUUUGUUGUUAUUCUGUCUCUCACUGUUCAAAUAAACCUACCAUUAAAAUUAUAGACUGAUCAUUUCAUUGUCAGUGGGCAAACGUACAAAAUCAGCAGCGGAUCAAAUACUUUUUUCCCUCACUGUAUAGGCAGUCAGAACCGUAUCACAGGAGAACUGGACAGUUGGCCUUUAUUUUACCUUGUCUGUGACCUCCCUCCAGCCACCUUUAGCUCAGUAGCUAUAUUCCUGGAUAUGGUAGAUUAUUGUAUCAUUCUGGCUCUGUACUCUGAACCUUCCUAGAUUACACUGUGCUUUGUGGCCAGACUCAGACUUGUCAGAAGUUCUCAGAUCAAACCACACAACAUCCACAUCCAUGCCUCAUGACACUGGGCACCUGGUAAACCUUACUGACAUGGGAUAGCUUUCACAUCUACACAAAGGUUUACCAGAUGCACACUGCCAUGAGGCAUACAUGUGGAUGUUGUGUGUGGUUUGAUCUGAGCACUGCUGACAAGUCAGUCUAAACCUUCCUAGAUUAGUGAGUAGAAUACAGAGCCAGUAGGUUACAGUAAUGUUGCCACACAUCAGACAUGGUUGUGAUUUACCUGUCUUCCUCUAUUACCACCUCAGAGAUUCAAGGGCAAUAGCACUAGGUUUAGCUGGUUUCCUGCAGUUAUCCCAUUUAAAAUGUCACACUCACUGGAGUGAGCCGAGCAUUCCGUGCCUCUGCAGUUGCUAUGUAUGCUGUCUGAUCUGAUGACAGGGACGUUGUUGUGAAUUUGUCUCUUUUCACCUAUUCUCCUACCAGGUUCCAAGGCCACAGCCAUGGAGUGUUUAGAAGCCAUGGCAUCUGGGCUGUACUCAGAGAUCUUCACCCUCCUCGUCUCCCUCAUCAACCGGUUAGUCACCAUUUUACCAGAGAUGGAGGGAGAUGACGCAGGCAUGCGCCACUACAGUUGGUUCUCUGUUUAUGCUCUGCUGCCUUGUACUUGUUGUUUUGAUGUUAUGUUUUUUCGGUCUGACUGUGUGUGUGUGUGUCAGUGCUCUGAAGACCAGCCAGCACUCUCUGUGCUCCCUGCUCAUCGUGGACACCCCGGGCUUUCAGAACCCUCGCCUGGCCAAGCGGGAGCGCGGAGCCACCUUUGAAGAACUCUGCCAUAACUACACCCAGGAGCGCCUGCAGAUGCUGUUCUAUCAGCGCACCUUUGUACAGGAGCUAGAGAGAUACAAAGAGGUAUCUUAAUAUGCACAGUACACACACACACACACACACACACACACUAACACAUACGUAAACACACACACACACACACACACUUUUAAGGAUUCAAAUAUACAUUCUCACAUACGGACAUAAGAUGACACAUUAUUACUUCCUGUAAGCCAUUGCAAAUUAGAGCUUCAUAGAUUUCAUGGUUUCUACCCCCUCAUCAAUACUGUCAGUGACACCGUGAGCCCAUAUAAUGGCCCAUAUGAUUGCCAUCUCUCCUCCCCUGCCGGGCCUAAAGUGAGUUCACUCAUCACUGGCUGUGUGAACUGGGUUGAGCUGCUUACUGAGCCUCGCUGGCUGAUGAAGAAUAACACCUCUGUCUUUAACUGCCUCUUCUCUUCACACAGCAGAUCUACUCUCUAAUGCUAGUCUAUACACCCGUCAUAAGAGGGCUGAAUUAUCCCUGACAACUCUGUCCUAACUGAUGUGUGGCUAAUCACUCCCAUUAUACAAAACACAAUGGUUUCACUUUCAUAGCCUGUAGCUGUUUAUCAGCAGUUUAUGAGCAGUUUAUAACAGUUUUAUUACUAUGUAUAUACUAUAUCUGAUAAUGAGUAACAUAAUGAACUAAUUCCUAUAGUAGACAACAAAAAAACUUGGCACCCUUUCUUCAUAUCUAUGUUACUGUCAUUGGUUCCUAAUCAUCCCCUCUGUUCCCCCUUAGGAGAACAUAGAGCUUGCAUUAGAUGACAUGGAGCCCAGAACAUCUCUGUCUGUAGCUGCAGUAGACCAAGCGUCAAGUCAAGCACUGGUAAGUACACUCCUUCAAUAUCUAUAUUCACACCAGAGUUUACCCGGUUAGAGAAUUUGAAUGAAUAGGGCCCUAUGUCCUGCUUUCUAUGACCAUGGCAGCUUCAUGCUGUACAGGAGUUCUCUCUUCACCUUUCUAUGGGAUUUCUCUUUGAUAUUGGCACAGUCCAGUGCAACAUUAUCUAACAUUAACUCCCUUAUGAAUCUCUUGGUACUUUGAACUGCCAGAUCUCUGUAAUCAUGGCACCCUGCCGCUCUGACUGGCCAUAGUUUUCACGGUGCACCUUUAUGCAUAUUAUAAUUACAUUCAUGAGUCCUUUGUGAUUCACAGUUAGUCAGUCUAGCGUUAUUGUAUCAAUUUUUGCAGAUUUUAGAAUUUUCAGUUUAAUGUUCCGUUAAUUUUUUUCACCUUAGAAGAGGUUAAUAUAAUAUAUGAAUGCCUCCGUAGAGGAAUCAACAGAAAGAAAGGUGAAGGAAAAGGAAGAUAUUUCAUUCAGCAAACAAAAACUAGGAAACUUACUCUGGUGGAAGAAAACAUUUUUUCGCUUCUCCUCCAGUGUGUGAAGUGUGUGCCAUGGAAACAGAAAUGACACGGUGUUGACAGUGUAAGAGCUAGCUGUGUAAUAAUUCCUGGUUGGUUGCUUUGAGUGCUCUGCUUUUUAAGGGGUCCUGGCCCUGCUGGAGCAGUCUUCAAAAGCACUGAACCAGUGUACAGCAGAUGGCUGCAAAAGGCCAAAGCCUUUUUAAAGGCUGACAAAGCAAAAGAAUGGCACAGCCCACGCCAUUAGAGAGCACUCUCUGUUCAUGUCGAGACACAAGGAUGAAAGCUGACAGUUGAAUUUACACUGACACUCUUCAAAUGUUGUCCCCUGACAUUAAAAAGUCAGUACCCAUGGGUUCACUGGGCUCUGUUUGUUUGCUAUGAAGGCUUUUAGUGGUCCAGGAAGAGGCAUUUGUGGGUGUGCGUGGCUGCCUGCGUGUGCGCGUCCAAACUGACAGAGGGAUUAUUUUGAUAUAUCUAGGUUCAAAGAAUUCAACAAUACUAAUUAUCAUCCCCUAAUAUUAAGUGUCAGUGUUUCUCCUAUAUUAAUCGUUCCCACCACUCCCCCCAAAAAUAUAUUUAUAUAAAAAUGUUGGGAUGGUAAAACGUGUAAACUUAAACGACUAAAACCAGAUAUACAGUAUAUAGAAAAACCAGAUAUAAAGUAUAUAGAAAAGAUAAUGGAGCUAUGUAUUUAUAAGAUCAUCUUUGAGAACUAACAACCACCAAAAUAAAACUAGACAGUCAGGGAAAAUCUAAAAUCCCCAAAAUGUCAUGGCAUGGGGCCCCCAUUGAUUUUGUUAUGUUUGAGUCACUCAGCAUAAGAACACGGAAUAAGCCAUGGCAAAAUUUGAGUUACAUAUGGGAUAAACAAAACGUACAGUCAAAAACACAAUAGAAAAUAUAUAUACAGUGUGUGCAAAUGUAGUAAGUUAUGGAGGUAAGGCAAUAAAUAGGCCAUAGUGCAAAAUAAUUACAAUUUCGUAUUAACACUGGAGUGAUAGAUGUGCAGAAGAUGAUGUGCAAAUAGAGAUACUGGGGUGCAAAUGAGCAAAAUAAAUAACAAUAUGGGGAUGAGGUAGUUGGAUGGGCUAAUUACAGAUGGGCUGUGUACAGGUGCAGUGAUCGGUGAGCUGCUCUGACAACUGAUGCUUAAAGUUUGUGAGGGAGAUAAGUGUCUCCAGCUUCAGAGAUUUUUGCAGUUUGUUCCAGUCAUUGGCAGCAGAGAACUGGAAGGAAUGGCGGCGAAAGGAGGUGUUGGCUUUGGGGAUGACCAGUGAGAUAUACCUGCUGGAGCGCAUACUACGGGUGGGUGUUGCUAUGGUGACCAAUGAGCUAAGAUAAGGCGGGGAUUUGCCUAGCAGUGAUAACACUGAUAAGUCUGCCCGUAAGUGGGUAUAUAUUCUUUAAUUUAGAAAGAGACAUUUCAAGAGAGAAACGGGUUAGAGUUCAGUUAUACCAAAAAGCUCAAUUGUGGCUGGCAUUCUAGUGAUAAUUGCUGAAGUGGCCUGUGUGGAGUGCAGGCUUCCUGAGUGCUCCAGUGCUCUCUGAGGUCUUUCUCUGAUACUGGGCAUAAUGAGAGUCAUGUCUAAUGGCCUGUCUCUCUCUGCCGUCUGGACCUCAGAAAACAAACUACUGCAAUUGCUUUAUGAAAAACGACUGUAUUUUUGUGGUUGCUAUUCAAUAAAAGCCUUAAUCUGAAAGCAGUGGCUGUGUCCGAAUACCCGUACUGCAUUCUAAAUAGUAGGCAUUUUGGGUAUGCGAAAAUAGAACGUUUUAUAGUAUGUGAAAUUUGAGUAUGCAUUAAAUGCCAGGAUGUCAUACUAAUUUCGGCUUUUCGUCUAGUAGAAUUCGCUGCAUACUUGAGGAAGAAAAUCGUCUUUCGAGACACGUGUGUUUGACAACAGAUGAUAAGUGACGCGCUAUACCAAAAUGAACGAAUGGUUGGAAUGAAUGCAAUUGCGCAUUAGAUGACGCAUUCUCAGCCUAGUAUGUUGAUAUUUGUUGCUUAUUGCAUAACUAAACAGUGUGUUCUAAAUAGUAUGUAGUAUGAUUAGUACACAGUAUGUCGUUUUAGUAAGUAGUAGGCAAGACAGAUUUCGGACAUGGCCAGUGUUUCAUUGUGUCAGUGAAAUAUUUUGGUGGUAAAUAUGAUCAGCUGACUCAAUCACACCGUUUUUAGUUAUCGUUUGUUGUGGAAAUAUAGUCAGGAGAGAGUUGGGAAAGGUGCUGUGCUAUUACAGGUGAAAAGCCUUGUAACAAAAAGGUUUGCCGACAUUUCCAAAGGCUUAUAGAAUGAUUCCUACAAAGUAGAGGGUCAGAAACCUUUUGACUUUUUCCACAAUUUGUUGUUACAGCCUGAAUUAAAAAAUUGAUUCAAUUUAGAUUUAGUGUCACUGGCUUACACACAAUACUCCAUAAUGUCAAAGUGGAAUUAUAUUUUUAGAAAUGUUUACAAAUGAAUUAAAAAUGGAAAGCUGAACUGGCUUGAGUCAAUAAGUAUUCAACCCCUUUGUAAUGGCAAGCCUAAAUAAGUUCAGGAGUAAAAAUGUGCUUAAUAAGUUGCAUGGACUCACUCUGUGUGCAAUAAUAGUGUUUAACAUGAUUUUUGAAUGACCACAUCAUCUGUAAGGUCACUCAGUUGAGCAGUGAUUUCAAACACAGAUUCAACCACAAAGACAGGGAGGUUUUCCAAUGCCUCCCAAAGAAGGGCACCUAUUGGUAGAUGGAUGACAAAGGAAAAAAAGCAGACAAUGAAUAUACCUUUGAGCAUGGUAAAGUUAUUAAUUACACUUUGGAUGGUGUAUCAAUACACCCAGUCACUACAAAGGUACAGGUCUCCUUCCUAACUCAGUUGCUGGAGAGGAAGGAAACCGCUCCGGAAUUUCACCAUGAGGCCAAUGGUGACUUUAAAACAGUUACAGAUUUUAAUGGUUGUGAUAGGAGAAAACUGAGGAUGGAUCAACAACAUUGUAGUUACUCCACAAUACUAACCUACAUGACCGAGUGAAAAUAAGGAAGCCUGUACAGAAUAAAAAUAUUCCAAAACAUGCAUCCUGUUUGCAAUAAGGCACUAAAGUAAAACUGCCAAAAAUGUGGGUAAAAUAUGUCCUGAAUACAAAGCAUUAUGUUUGGGGCAAAUUCAACACAUCACUGAGUACCACUCUUCAUAUUUUCAAGCAUGGGUGGUGGCUGCAUCAUGUUAUGGGUAUGCUUGUCAUUGGCAAGGACUAGGGAGUUUUGUUGGGGAUAAAAAUAAACUGAAUAGAGCUAAGCACAGGCAAAGUCCUAGAGGAAAACAUGGUUCAGGCUUUCCAACAGACACUGGGAGACAAAUUCAUAUUUUAGCAGGACAAUAACCUAAAACACAAGGCCAAAUAUACACUGGAGUUGCUUACCAAGACGACAUUGAAUGUUCCUGAGUGGCCUAGUUACAGUUUUGACUGAAAUCUGCUUGAAAAUGGCUGUCUAGAAAUGAUCAACAAGCAACUUGACAGACGUUGAAUAAUUUUUUAAAAUAAUAAUGUGCAAAUAUUGUACUAUCCAGGUGUGCAAAGCUCUUAAAGACUUACCCAGAAAGAAUCGCUUCCAAAGGUGAUUCUAACAUAUAUUGACUCAGGGGUGUGAAUACUGAUGUAAAUUAGAUAUUUAUGCAUUUAAUUUUUUCUCCUAAAAACAGGUUAUCAAUUUGUCAUUAUGGGGUAUUGUGUGUAGAUGGGUUUGAAUUCAGGCUGUAACACAACAAAAUGUGGAAUAAGUCAAGGGGUAUGGAUACUUUCUGAAAGCACUGUACAACCAUCCGAAGGACUGGGUAGAGGCAUGUCUGACCAGUGUAUGCAUGUGUGUGUGCCAGCGGAGGACUGAUGAGGCGCGGGGCCUGUUGUGGCUGAUGGAGGAGGAGGCUCUGCAGCCUGGGGGUUCAGAGGAUACUCUACUGGGACGCCUCUUCAGCUACUAUGGCCCUGCCAAGGGAGAGCGCAAAGGUGAACACACACAGUCAAAUCUGUUGCUCAUCACUCAGGCACAGCUCAACAACAGUCACAUCUGUUAUCUCUCUCUCUCUCACUCACUCACUCACACACACACACACACACACACACACACACACACACACACACAUACACACACACACAAGAAAGUUAGAGGCACAAAGAUCAUACCCCCAAGGGAUGCUAACCUCUUACCAUUACCAAUAAAAGGGGAGGUUAGCAUUUUUUGGGGGGCAUGAUAUUUAUGCCUCUAACUUUCUCACUUAUUAUUAUUAUUAUUAUUAAUAUUAACGAUUCAUUCAUGAUUACCCUUAAUCAUGGUAGCAUCCACAUUAAUGUAGAAGUGUUCAGAAACAUAUUCUAUUCUUAUUUAAAAUAAAAGUGACUCCAAAAUGACACAGUACAUUAUUUACCAUUCAUUUCUAUUGGCCACCACAACAUAAUCGGUCACAAGCCUGACGUAGUCAUUGCGUGCUAGGAAUAUGGGACCAAAUACUACACUGUUGACUACUUCAAUACUCAUAUGUGCAUUUGUCCAAAUACUUAUAUCUUCAAAUGGGGGGACUAGAUCCAUAAAGUGCUUUCAUUUCUAAACGAUAAAACUGAUAUGUAUGAAAAUACCCUCAAAUAAAAGGUGGCAUUCUAUACUGUUGCCUCAUAUGAAACAUUUGAUCUCAAAUCCAAAAUGCUGGAGUAUAGAGCCAAAUAAAAAGUUUUAGCUUCACUAUCCAAAUAAAUACCAAAACAAUAGAAUUGCCAUGGAAACGUGUGGGGGGGAAAGGGCCGUGGGGGAAAGAUCCCGAGUCUCCUCAUUGCCUCCCAGCAAAAUGGGCCUACAUUUAGGAUAUUGUUUAUAUGUGCAUUUCACACUAUGUUGAGUUAAAAUAGUGUUUUGAAAAAUAUAUAUAUAUAUACAAAAAUAAAGUGCCUUAUAGAAAAUACAAUGUCCGGUGAUAUGAUAAAUAUAUUUGUAUGUUUUUCUUCUUCAUAUAUGUUCAUUGCCACACAAUGCACACAUAUAUAAACAUCCAUCCACAGACGCAAACAUUCAUUGAAAUACAUAAUGGUUAUCAACUCCUUUUCCCUCACUACCUGUCAGAUCACACCUUGCUGCUGAAGAGUGGGAAGCCACAUCACUUCCUGUUGGGCCACAGUCAUGGGACAGACUGGGUGGAGUAUGACGCCCGUGGUUGGCUGAGCCAUGCCAAACAGAACCCUGCCUCUACCAACGCAGGGAGUCUCCUGCAGGACUCCCACAAGUAAGACCCACAUAAUGUUUUAGCUUGAUUGGCAAUGCUUGCAACAGACAUGUCUGACCCUGAUUGGUGUCUCUCCUUUCCAGGAAGAACAUCAGUGGUCUUUUUAUGAGCCGAGGAGGCGGGGCCACCAUCCUGCCAGGCUCCAUCGCGGGCAUGGAGGGUGUUUCACAGCUGACCUUGCGGCGCGCCACCAGCAUGAGGAAGACCUUCACCACUGGGGUGGCGGCAGUCAAGAAGAAGUCCCACUGCAUCCAGAUCAAACUACAAGUGGUAAGAGGCUGGGGGCCGUCUGCAGGGGGCAGAUCUGGUGGAGAGAAGGAAAGCGAGAGGGCUUCCCAAAAAAUCAUAUUUACACUUCUGUUCCUGUAACAGUCUGGGCAUAUCCAGCUAAGUUGUUGGGCCACAGGGCCUCUCAUUUGAAUCCUACCCAUGGGCUGAUUCAGUAAUAGGAGUCAUUUAAUUAGCACUACCUAAUAUAUACCCUCCCUCCGGAAGAGGUGUUCGCAUAGCGUUUGGGAGAUCAUCCAUCUUCCUGUGUUUUUACCAUAUUAUUACAGCUUGAAAGCGUAGGAGCUAGGAGACAUCCACGUGUAGGUCCUAGGCAUUCGAUUUCCUGCUCCUGAGAGUACUUUCCUUAACUAUACCAUUUAUUAAAACACAGGCGGAUUGCUUAAUGUAUGAAAUGUACUAUUAAACUCAGCAAAAAAAGAAACAUCCCUUUUUCAGGACACUGUCUUUCAAAGAUAAUUUGUAAAAAAUCCAAAUAACUUCACAGAUCUUCAUUAUAAAGGGUUUAAACACUGUUUCCCAUGCUUGUGAUUGAACCAUAAACAAUUAAUGAACAUGCACCUGUGGAACGGUCGUUAAGACACUAACCGCUUACAGACGGUAGGCAAUUAAGGUCACAGUUAUGAAAACUUAGGACACUAAACAGGCCUUUCUACUGACUCUGAAAAACACCAAAAGAAAGAUGUCCAGGGUCCCUGCUCAUCUGCGUGGACGUGCCUUAAGCAUGCUGCAAGGAGGCAUGAGGACUGCAGAUGUGGCCAGGGCAAUAAAUUGCAAUGUCCGUACUGUGAGACGCCUAAGACAGCGCUACAGGGAGACAGGACGGACAGCUGAUCGUCCUCGCAGUGGCAGACCAUGUGUAACAACACCUGCACAGGAUCGGUACAUCCGAACAUUACACCUGCGGGACAGGUACAGGAUGGCAACAACAACUGCCCGAGUUAUACCAGGAAUGCACAAUCCCUCCAUCAGUGCUCAGACUGUCCGCAAUAGGCUGAGAGAGACUGGACUGAGGGCUUGUAGGCCUGUUGUAAGGCAGGUCCUCACCAGACAUCACUGGCAACAACGUCGCCUAUGGGCACAAACCCACCGUCGCUGGACCAGACAGGACUGGCAAAAAGUGCUCUUCACUGACAAGUCGCGGUUUUGUCUCACCAGGGGUGAUGGUCGGAUUCGCGUUUAUCGUCGAAGGAAUGAGCGUUACACCGAGGCCAGUACUCUGGAGCGGGAUCGAUUUGGAGGUGGAGGGUCCGUCAUGGUCUGGGGCGGUGUGUCAGAGCAUCGUCGGACUGAGCUUGUUGUCAUAGCAGGCAAUCUCAACGCUGUGCGUUACAGGGAAGACAUCCUCCUCCCUCAUGUGGUACCCUUCCUGCAGGCUCAUCCUGACAUGACCCUCCAGCAUAACAAUGCCACCAGCCAUACUGCUCGUUCUGUGCGUGAUUUCUUGCAAGACAGGAAUGUCAGUGUUCUGCCAUGGCCAGCGAAGAGCCCGGAUCUCAAUCCCAUUGAGCACGUCUGGGACCUGUUGGAUUGGAGGGUGAGGGCUAGGGCCAUUCCCCUCCAGAAAUGUCCGGGAACUUGCAGGUGCCUUGGUGGAAGAGUGGAGUAACAUCUCACAGCAAGAACUGGCAAAUCUGGUGCAGUCCAUGAGGAGGAGAUGCACUGCAGUACUUAAUGCAGCUGGUGGCCACACCAGAUACUGACUGUUACUUUUGAUUUUGACCCCCCCUUUGUUCAGGGACACAUUAUUCAAUUUCUGUUAGUCACAUGUCUGUGGAACUUGUUCAGUUUAUGUCUAUUGUUGAAUCAUGUUAUGAUCAUACAAAUAUUUACACAUGUUAAGUUGACAGUGAGAGGACGUUUCUUUUUUUAGUUUAUAUCCAUUAGUGAGAGCCAGUGUAUGGAGCCUUUGCAUAUGAUUAAUGGUUUGGUCUCUGAUUAGGCCGGUUACUCUCUCGAUGCAUGUUGAGGCCUUGCCCUCUCUCAUAGCACUCACUGUUACCAUUUGAGUCCCAGCUAACUCCCCUCUCUCCUGCAGGACGCUCUGCUGGACACUGUGCGGAGGUCCAGGGUUCACUUUAUCCACUGCCUGCUGCCCAAUGCUGAUGCCCUGCGGGUGGGCAGAGCGGAGUUGGAGGCCCAGGGGGAGAGUGGAGACUCUGGCCUGAUGCAGCUGGAUGUGGCCCUGCUCCGGACCCAGCUCCGCGGCUCCAAGCUGCUGGACGCCCUCAGAAUCUACAGACAAGGUGAGAAAGCUGAUUGGACUGGAGGCUGUGGAUGUUAGACUAGAAAGGUCUGGAAGGGUCUCUCAAACCAAACGAUGAACACUGCUGUUCUUCACAAAGAGCAGUGUUUAAAUAAAUCUUUAUGUAAGAAAAAUAGAGCUUUAUAACCUUGCCCCGAUGUCCUUGUCUUUACAGGAUACCCUGAUCACAUGGUCUUCUCCGAGUUCCGCCGCCGCUUCAACGUGCUGGCACCACACCUGAACAAGAAACUUGGCCGCAACUACAUGGUGAAGGAUGAGAAGAGGGUGAGUCUAUUUUUCUGUGUGUGUGUUUGGAGAAAAUAAUAUGAUUCAGGCCAACCCGAGGUCUGCAUUGUUAUAUUAAUGAGCUGAAUAGACAAUCUCCUCCGUGGCUGUCAGUAGCCCACUGACAGAGGAAUUAACCUCUAUUAAUCAGGGCCAUUGUGAUGACCUAAUCAACUUAGCCACAGCUGCAUCCCACUCACUACCAAGUCUAAUCAAUAAGGAGCAGAGACAGGAAGCACUGGGGUUUAAGGCUGAACAAAAUACCCAAAACUUGGUACUGCACUUAUCAACUUUGUGAAAUAUAUUGUCUAACCUGGAGGCCGUCUGGCGGGUGGUUUUGCCCUAAUGAUUUGCUUAUGAAGGGAGCUCCCCACUGCAUUGGUUUAUGUGAGAUGUGACUGGUGAGAGGGCCUAAUGGUUAUUGCAGCCAUUUCUAUCUCAAUAUCAAAUCAUUUCUGGGUAACAAUUAAGUACCUUACUUUUGUUUAUUUGACAAUUUUCAUUGAAAUCAAUCAAAGUAUCUUAGCAAAGAGCAAUUUCUUAAGCAAGAAUUUUGCUAGGACUGUCUGAGUGGGGAGGUGGAAAACUAGCUUUUAUUGGCAGAGAGGUUUGGAACUCUCUUUCUGAUUGGUCUGUUAACUAAUUGGUGAUGUCACCAGGCAGGCCAAAACUCCAUCCCACUAAAACAGGUUGAAAUCUCAGGCGGUUUGUUCAAAAUGCUCUUACACUAAAAGGGCAUUAUCAUUUUCACAGUAUUAUUACAAACUCAUAGUGUGGAAAUGUAUAUAAAACACAGAGAAAUCACUUGACUGCACUGGUCCUUUAAAAGUGUUUUAGUGUAACCCAACCUGUGAAGGGAGGAUUGCUAAUGACUGUUCCACUCUGAGGUUAACUAUCAAUGAGGGUCAAUUGUGUCUUGGUCCCCUGCAAGAGGAGCCUGGCUGAAGUGAAACGGUGGGGAAUAAACAUGAGAGCGUGAGCGAAGUGGGUAAAAACAGAGAAAAGCAGAUUUCCCCUGCGUCAGCUUCUCGGAGCGGGGUUUCUAUUGAAACAGCAUCAGACAAAAGACCCUCAGUGCUCUGGGCUGCAGCCCCUCUCACAGUGUAAUCUAGAUGGGGGCUUUCAGGCUGGGGGCUCAAGUAGACCUGUCCACACCACACAGGGAAGGGGAAGGCAGAGAGACUCAUGGAGAUGGACAGAAACACAGCGGGAGAGCUGCAGGCGGUGCCUCUCUGCAGAGGCUGUAUUUGUUCAAGUCUGCUAUGGGGCCGAGACCACCACAGGGUCAGGAGGGAUGAGCCUGGAGCAGGUGGAUUCUGGAGGACUAGCUGUCUGGUCAGUUUUAAUUUGCCUCUCUCCCUGCACAUGCUCUGUGUCCUGGAGGAGAGAGUGGGGAUUGGGGGCAGAGGUGUGAGGGGAGAAUGUGAAAGGAAUACAGUUCAGGAUUCUGUCUGAUAAGAGAAGUGGUUGUUGGGAUCCUCUGCGGGACUGCUGUAGAGGGAUAAUCCGGGGGUAGAGGGGCAGUGACUGAUCUGUGUGUGUUUCCAGGCUGUGGAGGAGCUGCUGGAGUCCCUGGACCUGGAGAAGAACAGCUAUCACAUGGGACUGAGCAGGGUGAGUACCACUACUACCACAGUAAAACCUCACACCUUGAAUGAGUCACUGGUAAAACUACCUCGGUUUAUAUUAUAUUGUGUGAGAGGGGUUAUAGAAACUCAAAAACCGAAUGUUGCAUACAGUAGGUUUCCUUAAUUUGUAGCUAUAGAUUCCUCCUUCCAGGUGUUUCUCCUUGAGGAAUGUGUUUGUCAUUGUGUGAACUGUCUGGCAAGUGUUGGCUGCCCUGGAAGUCUCUUUGCUGAGGAGGAUGGAUCUGAGAGGCGUGCCUGCCUUCCAGCCUCACUGUGAGACACACAAUCAUGUCUCCUUUGUAUUCAUGUCAAUAUGGAGUCAUUUCUGGCAGGUGAUGGACUUUUAAUCCCAUCAGUUGGGAAGUGGCCCAAAGCCAACAAGAACAUCAGGAGAAACAACGUUGGGAGAAACAAUGGCUCCUAUGCUCCCAGAUGCUGGUAAUUUACUGGACCAAAUUACAACAUGGGAGAGAUGGUAAUUAUUUUGGAGACCACUGCAGUUGCCUUCGGGGUUUGAAGUUUGAUCUGGGCUCCGGAGUAGAUUAGCACCAAGAUGGUGCUUCGCAAAGCAUUCCAAUGGCGUCCUAGCAACAGCAGUGACCCCAGCAGAAUGCCAAUUAACAGCAGCACCAAAUCUUGUCAUGACACUGGGUCCACACAACUCUCACUGUGGUAAACACUGUCACAACUGGAAGUCACAUGGCUAACGAGAUGGUGUCACAUUUAAUGUCUCCAUUCUGAUCAUAAUAGAACCCAGACAAAUCUCCUCACUGGUGGAGAAACGGUUACAGUAUGGACAAAGUACGGCUGACACUUCUUUCUUCUUUCCAUUACCCUAUGUAGAGAGAGUUUUUCUAAGAGGACAAAAGAGAAACAUCAGUUUGAUUUUGAAGCCAAUUUCAUGACAUUGUCCCUCUAACAUGAUUGUACAGUAUGUAGCCCUCUUCUCAAUAUCGGGCUAUAUACUAUAUCUAAAGCGGAAAUUGAUAGUUAAAUAUAGUUCCAUGCCCGUAGCGAGAGAAAAAAAUGUCCCCUGAUUUUAAUUUCCAAAAUCUGGUCACCUUAACUUCAGGUCAGUUCCACCUCCUGGUUCUUUCAUGUAUGCCAGGAAGGUUUGGUCAUUUAUAAAGCACUGGAGCCUGGCUACGGAGGCCUUGGAUAGAGACGGCUCUCCCAUCACUAUCUGUCCUUCGCCUUAAGCAGCUGACUGACUGCCACCAGCCUUCACACUGCUUCACACAGCCCUGGUGUGAUUAUGUCUCUGUGUGUGUGAAUGACAGGAGCAUGUCAUGUGAUGGCACUUCAACUGGCCCUUUUAAAUCUGUUUCACCUCUGACCCAGCUAAUAGGGACACAAUGCUAACACUGUCAGAGAUAGCGACUUCAUCACCCAAUAGAUUGCCUUCUCUCCUUUUCUUUAGACUACAAUGAAUGGAUUAUAAUAUUUCCAGUUAAUGUAAUAUAUUUGUAUAGUAGGUGCUAAAAAGGCAGAUAUUUUCUUGAGGUCAGUUAUGUGCCAAAAUUAUUGAUUGGAAUCCACUCCGAAAUUGAACAAACAUGACUAUAUCCCUUUUUUUUAUGAUGAACUAAAAGGUGUGUUCUUUUGUCCCCAGUUGUUCUUCAGAGCGGGGACCUUGGUGAAACUGGAGGAGCAGAGGGAGGAGCAGACCAGACGCAACAUCACCCUGUUCCAAGCAGCCUGCAGUGGAUACCUGGCCAGACAGGCCUUCAGGAAGAGG